AUUCAAACCUGGAGCGUCAGGGACGUCCCCACCACCAGGCCUUUAGGAGUGAUAUGCAUAUUUGCCAUGUGGUGAUUUAUGUAGCUGGAAUCUUGAGCGGUUCAGAGCUCUGGGGGAUUUCUACCCAUGUGGCCUUUGGCCUUGAAUCUCAGACAGAAGUGUGAUGGAGGUCUGUCAUGAGAGAAACUCUGCCGCGGAUUAGAGAACCGACUACUUCCUACACUGCUGUGCAGAGAGAGCACGCCACACACACACCGUCACCUGAGGUCCCUCGGCUUCACAUGAGCAAGGCUGUGCCACAGUCAGCAUGUCAGAGCUGUGAAGAUGUCCCUUCAGGGAGGCUGAAAUGAACUGAAUUCUACUUUUAUGUCUUUUUGUCCUCACGUCCAUCUUUUCACUUGACCGGCGGCGAGAUUUUCUGAUCCAACCAUGAUGCUGAUCAGCACGAAGGUGUGUGUGGCUCUGCUCUGGGGACUGUGUGUUUUCUCUGCUGUGGAGUCCGAGAGUGUUGACACACCAGAAAACAAAAACAGCACUGAAAAUUCAACCGCGCCGUGGAACACUUCAAAUGUACCGAACAAUGAAGAAGAGACCACGGCUGCAACCCGGGCUCCGUCUCAAAAACCCACAGAGGUCAGUGCCGCUACAGAAGCAGCGAGCCGGAUGUCAGCCACAGAGGAAACAGACGAAAAACAAGCAGCAACCAGCACUUCUAGUGGAAACGCCGCUGGUUUGACAGCUAUGAGCACCGCAGCGGCUGCAACAGCAGCGGCAAACACACCGAGCGUGAGGCCGAUUCUCAGCUCGACAGCAGCGACGACAGCCGACCGGGCCGCUCCGUCUUCUCAAAGUGCGACAGGCGUCGAGGGAAUCAAACAGACCGAGGGUCAACAUGAACAAUCAUCCAUCGCUGCGACCAGUGUGGAUAAUCCUGCAACAACGUCCACGGCACUUCACCAAGAGGCGUUUUCCACACAACGCACAGCCGUCACAGAGCCGGAAAGAAGCUCGGAGUCUUCUCCCACCGCCUCUUCUAGCAGUGAGAUUCCCAUCUUCAUUCAGGAAUCCAGCACUCCGUCAGUUUCCUCCGCAUCUACAGGAGGGAUCAGCCCCACCUCUGGAGCAGCACCCGUGAUUAAAACCACAUCUACAUCCAGCAGAAUGUCUGAGAGCCCCAUCAGCACCGAGCUUUCACACACAUCCCGGUCAUCUUCGAUGGCAAGCAGUCCCCCCUCCUCCUCCUCCUCCUCCAGCUCUGCUGCUGCCUCCACCCUGAGCGAGGCCCCCAGCUCCACCGCUGCUUUCUCCACCAGCCCAGCCGCCCUCGUCCCUCUGGGCCCCAAAAAGCGGCCAGAUCCACAAACGGAGCCUCCUCCGGCGACGACGGCAGCCGCGCCCCGGGACGUCACCAAGACCACGCCCGGCACCGAGGUCCAAGCCUGCUCCACCCGCGCCGUGAUGAAGCACUGCCUCAUCGUCAUCGCCAGCCUGGCGGCGCUGGCCACCAUCUUCAUCAUGUCCACCAUCGUCCUCUGCGUCAAGCUGUCGGCCAAGAAGUACAGGGUGAAGCGAUCUCAGGAGGGGACCGAGAUGAUGUGCAUCUCCGCCCUUCUUCCCGACAGGAGCUACAACUACACCAGGCAGCGAAACCCGGUUCCCAACGGCGUCCUGGUCAUCCCCAGGGCGGGGGACAGCGACGAGGAGGGGGGAGACACCGUCACGCUCAGCAGCUUCCUGCCAGAGAACGACCGCUACGUUUAGGCCGGCGCUUUCUUUACGGAUCAGACCGGACUGAUCGGUAUGAAGACGGUCGCAUGAUAAUACUCAUGCUUCCUCUUUGGUGUUGGUGGAGCACGUCUCGUUUCUGAAAACCACACGGACCGAGAACAAAGUCGCGCUUCGAACUCCAACAACCGAGUGACAUUUGGUGGAGUCAGGUAGAGAAAUGUGUGUUUUGGACUAAAGCUUGAACCGUUUUGCAUACAUUCACAUUCAGCCUCCACUUGGGAAUUCAUGUCAGGAUGAGGCGAGUGAUCAAAGUGUGUGUGUGUUUUUCUUUCUUUGGAACAUCCGGAGCAGAGCCCUGAUGGUAUUUCACUUUGAGGCAGGACACAGGAAGGCCUGCUCAGCCCAGGGAUUACUGUUCUGCACAGACACUGUUCACUUUACAAGAGCUGCUCUGGAAGCUGGACUCUUAACUGUAUUGUGAUAAUUUAUUGAACAAAUGCUUUAAUUUAACGUCACGGUCAUGCUGAGUCUGUGUAGCGAGCCUGUCAUUGAAGAAAAAAUGGUUACAGUCAUGAACCUCUUUGAUAAUAAUAAAUCAUUUGUUUUCCUCAGAGAGAAAACCGGCAGCUUCCACUUUUGAUUCACAUCAAUUCCAGGAUGAUUUUCCACGUUGAUGACUGAAAAUCCUCAUUGAUAGUUGCUCAAUAAUUGUCAAAACCUUUUCAAUUUACCUAAAAAUGUUUUGCUGAAUUGUGCAAAGCUUUGUAUUUUUGUACAUUUUCUCUGUUAUCAGUCAGUAGAUAUAAUAAAGCUGAAAUCCUUUGAA